CACGUUAUCCUAUGAGCGAGCGUGGAUGUUGGCCUCUCGUCAGACCGCUAAAGCCGGGUCAUCUUCUUUGUGACCUGGCUAUGUGCAUAUCCGUAGGCAGGCCAGUGAUUUGCUAAGAUGAUCUUAUUUCUUCGAGAGAAGCAUGAUCCGUAUCAUGCUUUUAUGUGGCUCCUGUUGGAGGGGGUGGCUGCAGCUGUCACCAGAAAGCUCCUUGUUCCCCCACGAGCUUGUCUGCGUACAAGCACGAAGAAAAUGUCCGAUGGGAAGCACAAGAGUCCGGUCUAUCUUGGAGUACUGCCCCUAGGCUGGCGUCGCAGGUCCAUCGGCAGAAGUCUUCCUCCUGACAGUGGCAUUGACCAGACCGCGGAAACCUCUGUUCGAACAGGUCAUGGAUCAAGCGCGAUCGCCCUCGUGGGAUCAGUCGUGGACAGAUCCGACUUGUCUUGACAACUCUCGCUGCGUCGCUGAAGUGAUGCUACGAAUGACAGUAAUCAC